UUCGAGGUUGGCAGCACUGGAGACUAGCAACUAGCACAGAAUAGUAAACAAUAUUCUACGAGACUAUUGUUUUAUUGUUAAGUUUAUAAAGGUUUAAAGGAAUGAGUGAUAUUCGCCGAAAAUAUCGGAAGAUUAUACGGAAGCCCAAGAUGAUUUAAAAUUUUCAUAUAAGACUUAUUAGAACACCGACGCUCGUAAAUUUAUUUUUUGAGCUUGAUAAACCACCACGUAAUUUCUGUAAGAAUUUAACUUGGGUUAAGUGAGUGUAACCUGUGAAAGAAAUAUGGUGGUGGAAGAAAUAUCAAAAUACACCUAUCCUACGCAACUCACUAACUCCUUUGAUAGAGAAAAUUGGACGGUAUCAACGGAUCACUGUUAUGCACGACCCUGGAAUUGGAGACCCGAUGCCAGUUUUUUACGUCCCACCAAAACUUUGUUUGUUCGAAAACUGAUCCCUGAGAAACCUAAAACAGCUAAUUCACUUAUGCCACUUGAAGCAGAUGAUAUAAUUGAUGUAGUUACAAAUCCUGAAAUCCCUGCACCAGUCUACGAUGAAAAUAAGGCCAAAAAUGUCAUGGAAGAGUGUGAAAGACAUGCUUUUGCUGCUAGAAUGGAAAAUGAAGAAGACUGGGAUGAAAAAAUAUCGAAGAUUAAUUGGAGUAACGGUCAACAUAAAGUAUUCAGUAGUAUGACGAAUAUAUUGAAUAAUUUCAAUUUGGCAAAAUUGGCUCUAAAAGGAAUACACAAUGAACCAUUAUUAAGGAGAAAUGUGAUUGAUAAAGCAGUGCAAAGAGUGAGACGCCUAUUCGCUUCUGUCACUUGGGACCCAAAAAUCACACAGUGGCUACAUCAACUGCUUAUAGACAACCUUGGCCCUCACUAUUUAGCAUGUUACCUUGAUAUAUUACAGACAUUGAAAUACAAAUUACCAGCCUUUGCAGAUAAAAUGAUGUACUCGUCAAGUUCUUCACUUCGAAUAGGUUCUUUGAACAAUAUGAAUUUAAUGUCACUGCUUGAGAAAUACUGGGAUCCUUUAGCUUCAAGUUUGAUGCAGGAUAAACCAAAAAAGCUUCCUGGAAAUCCAGUAUUAGUCAUUGUUCCCACAGGGCCUGUCAUCACUAAAAUGAUACACAAAUGGAUAAAAUUACUAUCUCAUCUGGCUACUGUCGUCACUAUUCCAACAAACUUUGGUUUAUCUAGUCAUCGAAUGGCCAUGCCCAGCAUACUUGACCAGCUUUUUUCCGUUACAAGAGGUAAAAUUCAGGAUGUCAGGGAGGAUUAUCCAGGACGGCAUAUUAUUUUAGUGGGAUUUGGCAGUGGUGCAUCACUGGCUCUCCAAGUGGCUCAAGUUGAAAACAUUAUGUGUGUUGUCAGUAUAGGUUUUUCACUGUUAACUGCAGAAGGUAGUAGAGGUGAACCAGAUGAUAACUUAUUGGAACUUCAAUGUCCAGUAUUGUUUGUUAUUGGGCAAUGCUCUAAUACAUCCUCGCAAGAAGAUCUUGAAGAACUAAGAGAGAGAAUGAGAGUAGAGACGGGAUUGAUUGUAGUUGGUUCUGCUGAUGAUAAUUUGAGAGUUACAAAGAAGAAGAAGAAUGCAGAAGGAAUAACACAGAGUGUUAUAGAUAGAUGCAUUGUUGAUGAAGUAGGCGAGUUCAUAAGCAGCAUAAUCCUGUCUCCAUAUCCUCCCCAAAUCCGCCAGUCUCCUACCCAUGUACCUCCUGACAUUCCAGUUAAAAAAGGUAAACCUGAGCGAAAGCGCUACAACUCUAACACAAGCUCUUUGGAUAGUGAACCACCAUCUCCAAAACCUAGGACUACUCGACCAGUUGGUCGACCACCAGGAUCAAAAACAAAAAACCGUCUUGGUCUUGAAGCGAAAUGGGCCCAGCAAAUGGCUCAAGGUAACACGCGUCCUUCAUCUCCUACUCCUAGUCCUCCACCUCCCUAUCCCAAAAUUCCCACACCCGAUACAUCUUCUACUGAUAGUUCUCAGCCUGAUAAACACUUUCCAAAAACCACUGACCCUAGCGUUAAAAAAAUAAAAACACUCAAACCAGUUGUCAGCUCAGAUAAAACACCAACAACAUCACCUUUAAAAAGUUUAUCAACAACGCCAGCGAGAAUGCAAGCUUAUGGACUUAAUAGAUCUGUUCUGCAAGGAAAUAUGGAA